GCGGAACGAAAACCCAAGUUGGACCUGUUGAAAACCUGUGUGGCCUGCAUUCCCCGUCUUCUUCCGAACGAUAUGAGCCAUCCGGAAUUGUUGGAGUUGUUGGCCAAAGUGUGCUUGCAUGUGGAUGAAGAUUUACGAAAAAUGGCCCAACAGGCAAUGGCUAAUCUUAUUGUUGAGUUACCAGCGUUUCGUGUAAAAACCAUUCAUGUGUUUAUUCAAUUCAUUCAGAAGAAUGUGGCAGACACUUCACCGCAAAAGUUGGACAGUUGUUUGAAAACUCUGUUUCAUUUGCUCAACAAUUGGAAACUGGCACUGCAAAAGGAUGGAGCUGUGUCGCCUAGCAUCAAUGACAAAUCUGCAUUGUAUGAGGCUGAGGGAUUCGCGCUGGUCAUGCUGUGCCAUUGUCGUUCAAUUACUCGUCGUCUUGCGGUUCACAUACUACGCAAGUGUCGAGCUCUAAUCCACCUAAUCGAUGCCGCCACCUCGGCUGGUGAUGUGCCAAUUAACAGUCGAAACAGCGAGGAAUUGUGCUGUAUCGAUGUUCUAGAUCGUUUGGUCCCCCAGUUGCUCGAACGCAUUCUACCUCUGAUUCCCGUACACGAACGAUUGUCUAGUGCCGUUCAUUUGGACUUUUCCUUACUGGCCGAACGUUGCAGUCCGGUUUGGUUGAGUGGAUCGGCUCCCGUCGUCACGUAUCCGGCUGUGGUUGUGCCCACAAAUUUUGUGAGCAAUCAGUAUUCCAGCCUGAUGCCCAUGAAUGAUUUGGAACGUAACUCUUCAAAGGAUGUGUCCGAACAAUUCAGAAGACGAACCCAGUUCUCCAUGUAUCCCGUGGACGCACGAGCCGGUCCGAUUAACAGAGACGCGACGGAAGAUGUGCACAAGAUCAUGGCGUCCAGUUUAUACGAUCGAACAACCUCACCGAUGCACAUGUUUCAACGGGAUAGUCGACGUUCAGACCCACCGACCACUCAUGCGGCCACCUUUCCGCACUCGGUCGGUCCCGGUCUGUUUCGUCGUGCUUCCCAAAAUCAACAUCAUCCACAUCAUCCGGUCCAACACGCGCAACAAGCUUAUAUUGUACAACCUGUGCCGGAACGUGUUAUCCUGAAUGAUGUCUGGGCAACGUGCCUGUCUAUUGCAUUUUCCCCGGAUCAUUUGGUCACUGCUUGUCCAAUGGCUAUUAAGUAUGCCUGGUCGGUACUGUAUCAGCGGUUGAGUCAACUGUUUCCCAUUAUCGAUCCUAGUGCGCAAAUUGUGGAGAAUCGUGCCUCAUCGAUACUGCGGUCAUCAAGCAAAAAACCAACCAUGGAACGUGAACAAUUCUUCCCAUUGUGGCAUAAUUAUGCAGUUCUUGGUUGCUGUAUUGCACCCAACUCAGCUGGAUCCCGAAUGAAUGCACCACGAACCACGUACUAUCAGGCGAAUGCAUCGGUGGCUGUUGCACCCGGGAGUACGAAACUUGGGACGCGAUACACGCCGUCAUCCAAUUCGCAGGCAGAUUCUUCGGAACCUGGUGGGGCAUUAAGAUCUUCCACCGGUCAUUCAGCCUCACCCCUGUCGUCCGCCACUACUGUCAAUCCCGCCAUCAUCACAGAAAGUAGGGUUACAACCACCUCGGGAUCUGCCGCGUCUCCACCUCCUCCG